CCAAAGGAUCAUUAUGGCCCGAAUUGUACGCAGUGUCCAGGAUACCCAGAUAACAUCUGUGGUAAUAAUGGCAAAUGUAAGGGUGCUGGCACAAGAAAGGGAAGCGGUGAUUGUUUCUGUGAAAAAGGAUAUAUCGGAGACAUCUGUUCAGAAUGUGCUCCAGGAUACUAUGAAUCUUAUAAAGAUGAAAAAACUUUACUAUGUUCUGCAUGUCACGCAGCGUGCGAUGGACCUUGUAGAGGAGCUGGACCAAAGGAUUGUGCAAAAUGUACUGCUGGAUGGUACAUGAUUGAAGACAAAGGCUGUUUUGAUAUUGAUGAAUGUUUAAAAAACAACAUUUGUCCUGGCAAUCAAUUCUGUGUUAAUAAAGAAGGAAAUUAUGCUUGUUUGGCUUGUGACAAAGCUUGUAAUGGUUGCACCGGCGAUGGGCCAGACAUGUGUAUCAAAUGCGCUGAAGAUUAUCAUAAACAAGAUAAUUUGUGCAUUAAUUCAGAUCUCCUUGGUCGCAAGAAACAAGAAAAUCUGGCGAGAUAUCUGACAUAUUUCGGACUUUGUGUGGCGACAUGCAUCAUUUUGCAGCGUAACGUUUAUAUAGCAAGUGUUAUCGGUUUGCUGGUUGCAGUAUAUAUAUCCGUUUCGGAAUAUAUGAUCAUGCAUAGAAAUGUCCAGGAUACAACGGCAAACAUGGAUAUUUUAGAAUCAGCUUAA